AUGGCCAAAUUGCAGAUUCGUGUUUUACGCAUUUCUUAUCCAUACCGAGUUUUACAAUAUAUUAAAAUUAAGUCGACGAAAUUCUUUGUAAACAUACCAUGCGAUAGGCGCUAUCGGGGGAAGUUCAACAAGCUCAAACAGGAGCUUGAAGGACUCUUCCCAGGUCUACUAGAUAUUACAGGAGAAGGCACUCCUGGAGUCACUGGUUACUUUGAAGUGCAAGUUGUAGGUGGUAAACUUCUUCACUCCAAGAAGAAUGGAAAUGGCUUUGUUGACUCAGCUGCUAAGAUGCAGACCAUUGUUGAUGGUGUUAAGGCUGCUUUAGAUGAAAGAUCAUAAAACUGCCUUCUAUAGCAGCCAACAUGAAAGUUUGGGUUUUCUGGUGAUUUUGAUAAUCUUAGUGACAAGAAUGAAGAGACUGAUCAAAAAACAAAUGUUCAAUUAGUUUCGGAUGGUUUAUUGUUUACUCUUUUCAUUGAAAGAACCUUGGUAAAAUACAAACUGCAACUGCCUCAUUA